ACAAACAAGCCAAAUUCCUAAGAAUGAACCAAACGACUUCUGUCACUCCUGAGGAUAAUCAAUAUUAUGCUAACAGAAAGAUCUGUUGACAAGAAACUGGUCAUUGUUCUGUUAUGUUUAAUUGGGAAGCAACCUUUUAACGGGCUUCUGCUGGUAGUUUGUCGCUAAAACGAAAAGUUGUUAGGCACCGCACGAGUGACGGUGCCAAAAUUCGGCAUUGCUGCAUGCUGCAACUUUGAGCUCAACGGUACCAAAUUAAAGAGUGUGAUAGUGGUAGGCCUAAAAAGAACACCAUCUGUGCUAACCAUGGUGACAGAAAUAUUACUUUUCGUUGUGACUUUUCUCUUACUUCGUUUCCUGUCACAAUGCUGGCGUGCCGAAGACGGCACCGGGCGCCGGAAGAACCCACCGCCGUGCCCACGCGGUUUUCCUCUCCUCGGUAACAUGUCUGUGUUCCUCGGUUGCAGAGAGCCAAUCUACACCGUGCUUCAGAAACUCUCCGAGGAACACGGGGACAUCUUAGGCCUGACGGUCUGCGGUAAGAAGUUCGUUGUCCUCGGUAGCUCCGAAGCGAUCCGUGAGGCAUUCGUUCGGCAUGCCGUGGACUUCGCCGGUCGGCCGUACAUGUUCUCUGUCAGUCUGCUAACGAGGAAGAAUUGUGGAAUAGCUUUCUCGGACUACAGUCCGGCAUGGAUGGAACACAGAAAGAGUGCUACAUCGGCAUUACGCCUGAGCCUCAAGCAAGGACCAUCUACCACCAGCUCUCCGGGUACCCGCUCUAUCGCCGAGACCACCAUACUCAAGGAAGUCUCGCAUCUUGUCUCCAACAUAUCCCUCAACCUCGGCAGCCCUUUCGAACCGAGCCGAAUCCUGACCGAGGCACUCAUAAACACCGUGUGCAACCUGACAUUCGGCUGCCGAUACAGCCCGAACGAUCCCGAAAUGGAUGCCUUCGUCUUCGCCAACCACAAAUUGAAUGAGAUAUUCAAACCAGGGCACCCCUUGGACUUGUUCCCAUUUUUGAAGAUAUUUCCAUCAAAACGCAUGCGCACAAUCCAAGAAAUCGUCACAACACGUGAUGCCAUCCUCCAAGCCCAGUACAGAGAACACCUAGAGACGUUUCAUCCCGACAACAUCCGGGACAUCACAGAUGCAUUUCUGAAAUCAAUGAAGUUUCUCAAUGAAAAUCAUCCCAGUGAUGACGUCACGAUGACUGAGGAUCACGUGAUUAUGUCCAUGUGGGAGAUCUUUGCUGGGGGAUUUGAGUCUACUUUCCAGACCCUAAGAUGGGCACUGGCGUACCUGGUUCAUUACCCAAAGGUCCAACAUCGGCUGCAAGAUGAACUUGACAACAACAUCACUGGUGGAUUUCCGACUUGGAAUGACCGUACCAGGCUACCGUAUCUCGAGGCUACAGUUUUGGAGACAUUACGUCACAGCUCAUUCUCCUCACUGAAUGGUCCACACGUUACCACGUGUGACACAAAGCUGAGAAACUAUGACAUCCCAAAGGGUACAACGGUGUUAUGCAACCUGUGGUGGGUGCAUCAUGAUCCAAAGAACUGGGCGGAACCAAACAGCUUCAGACCAGAGCAUUUCCUGGAUGACAAUGGCAAAGUAUUCAUUCCGAAGCACUUUAUGCCAUUCUCAGUUGGGGCCCGAGUUUGCCUUGGCAAGCAGCUAGCCACAAUGGGUCUGUUCCUGUACCUAGGAGGAAUCCUGAAGCAUUUCAUAUUAGAAAGCCCACCUGGGAAUCAGUUGCCCGAUUUGGAACCUAAUUACUCUGAUCCAAUCAGAACGAUUAGGGAGUUUCAACUGGUGAUGAAGCAGCGAAAAGUCCAACAUGCUUCCAGUCUUCCAGCCUGAGAUGAAAGGAUGCCAACUUAAACAACGAACUAACUUCUCAUGAAUUGCCAAACGGUUAUUGAGAUGCAGAAUAGUUGAGUGUCUUAAAGAAGAAGAGGUUGACACAUUUUUUUCUGACGAAGUUUCUAAGUUUUCAAUAAGUUUGCGGCCCAAGGAAAUUUAUCUUUUUAUGAUUUUGAAAUUGUUCAGCCAGAAAUUGGAAACAAGUUAAACGAUUUAAGGACAACAUAUUACUUUUGGUAUUUUCCCCUUCUUUUUAUGGUGUGAUCUAAAAGAUCUACUUAAAUGUUAUUUGAAGAAUUUAUUUAUUUAUUUUGAAAAAUAAAAUUAGAAUGUUGCCAUGAAUGUUAACUUCCUUUUAGUUAUCCAAGAAGUAGAGCCGUGAGUUACUGCAGAACGCAUACUUAAUGAGUUGAGAUGCAUGACGCGUUUAAUUAUUUAUUUCAACAUUUGUUCGAAGAAGAAAAGAAAAGUUCGUGCCUAUUUGGCUUUUCCGAACAUUUCAAAAGCAGUUUGUACAAACUUUUAAAGAAACUCAAAUUGUCAUCAAAUUUAUUUUGACACCGCGUUACCAAGUACAUUUAUUAAAUGAAAAUAAUUAAAUGUAUUAUGUUGGUUUGAUUUCCAUUACAAAAUAAGUGAAACACUUGCUGGUAUCGAUUGCUAACUUUGUCCGUUCAUCAAAAAUGGUAAAUUGAAACCAAAACAAUUUUACGAGCUGUUUCACAUUCCUCGUUUGUGUUCUUUACAUCAUGAAUCAGAAAUGAUUUAAAAAACACACUCAGUAUUUGAAAAGGGUCUCAAAGUUUGACGUUUAUUUAAUACUUGAACACAAACGAAUUAGGUAAACCAGUCUAUAAGAAAAAGAGGAUCCAUGUUCACGUUAAUUUUGUUUUUGAAAUUAGAAAGACACCGACAACUAAGGAACAGUCUCAAUUAAUUACAAUAAUUUUGGAGGUAUUGUAAAAUGUUCUCUCUUGGGGUGAUGGCUAGACAGACUCCUUUCAAAAUCGAGAUGCAAACUUUUGAGAAAUAUCCAUUGUUCAUUAAUACUUCAGCCGACAUUGAAAACAUUCUUAAAGAAAUGAUAUUUUUUUAUUAGUUUGUGGUCAGACUAUUAACGCAGAGCUACCAGGUUUUCAAUAAUCAGGGAGAUAAUUUAGAAUCACAUUCAACAGAAUAGAGGCAAGGUUUCCAUAUUCAGUGAGACUUUAAAAUUAAGUUCAGCAGAACAUAGAAAUAUCGGUUGAUUUCCGGCGAACAUUCUGCAAAAUCUGGAAAGCAGCUCUGCAAACGUUUUUGGUUUUAUUACGUGGAUUGUGCCUGUUCAUUGUAACAUUUAUUUUCUCAAGAAGAUAACGAGAUUUGGGUUGGGAUGACUU